GAUGUUUCUCCACUCGCCUAACCCUCCAUGUCUGUGGUGAAGUUGAUCGACAUAGUGCUGCCCAAGGAUGCGGUCUACCUGGCCGGCUCCUGCAUAAAAGGGCAGGUAGUUCUAACCCUGAACAGCACCCUGGUGGACCCCAUUGUGAAGGUGGAGCUCGUGGGAAGGGGUUACGUGGAGUGGAAUGAAGAAACUGGGGCAUCCCUGGAUUACAGCAGAGACAUUAUUUGCAACAACAAGGCCGACUAUGUGCACAAAACGAAGACAUUCUCAGUGACAGAUAAUUGGUUAAGUGCAGGCAGCCACACCUUUGAUUUCCAUUUCAACUUACCUCCCAGGCUUCCUUCUACCUUCACCAGCAAAAUCGGCCAUGUCUUCUACUUCCUGCAAGCCUCCUGCAUGGGCCGGGAGCACAUUCUAGCGAAGAAGAGAACGUACUUGUUGGUUCAAGGGACUUCGGACUUCCACAGAGAAAACGCACUGCAGAAUCCCCUGUUUGUGGAGACUGAGAAGAAGGUCUCCUACAAUUGCUGCAGCAAGGGCACCAUCUGCCUGCAGAUCCAAAUGGAAAAAAACACCUUUGUGCCAGGGGAGAGGGUCGUCUUCACCACGGAGAUCAACAACCAGACCAGCAAGUACAUCAAGACUGUCAUCUUUGCCCUCUAUACCCACGUGCAGUAUGAGGGCUUCACACCCAAGGCGGAGCGGCGGUCACGGGUGUACAGCAGUGAGCUGCUCCGGCAAGAGGCCAACACCCAAAUUACACCCUUCAACACCACCAAGAUCGUCAGCACCUUCAACCUCCCGCAGGUGCUGUCCGUGAGCAGUGACAUGCGGGAUGGCGAGAUCAUGAGCACCCAGUAUGAGCUGGUCGGCACCAUCCACCUGCCCUGGUCCCUGACCAACGUGAAGGCCAAGAUUCCCAUCAUCAUCACCAGCAACCCCCUGGACUCGGACAGCUGCCAGCUACAGGAGGGGUCAGUGUUAUCCAUGAGCGAGGAUUGCCAGAAUUAAGUGCCCAAACUUUUAAAUAUUAAAAGCUUUAUCACUCUA